AUGAAUGCGCCAUUCCACGACGACGCGAUGCUGGACGAUGCCAUGCUUGUGGAUGCAUUAGACGCCAUCGAGUACAUGAAUGGCAUCUCGAAGGAAGCGCCCAUCGGUGAUAACGGAAGUGCCAGCAAUGGAGAUGAACAAAACCUCAUCAAGCAAGACCCCAGUUCGUCCGCAGGUUCAGCUACCACUCCGCAGCCAACAGAAAUGGUACUCCCAACCAACGUCGAACGGACGUUAGAGGAAUCCAAUGUAGCGUCCGUUGAUGCAUCAGACGCUUCUCCGUCAGCCAGUUUGGUGCCAGUCCCAGGCAACCCCAUUGACGUAGCUCCCGGCACAGCCGAAUUUACCCCAUCACCCAUGACGCAAGACAACUCGUCAUCCCCACCAUCCGAUCUUAAAAGCAAGCCUACGACUUCGUCUCCGUACGUGAAGGUCAUCGUGACCAAGGAGAGCGGUCUGCUGGGCUUUGGCGUGUUACCGGUCAAAGGGGUUUGCGGGAUUCAAGUGUCGACCCUGCAACCCGACUCGAGCGCCGCCAAAGCCGGCUUGCGGGUCGGCGAUGUCCUCCUCAGGUUGGACGACACGGACGUGAGCAGCAUGCACAUGUCGUCGAUCAUCCAGAUCCUUCAAGCCGUGUUGCCUGGGAAGCCAUUGCACAUAUCGAUCUUCCGGCCGUCGGUGGCGGUGCCCACGACAUCCCCGAUAUAUCAUUCAACGCUGCAACCCCCUUCAUCCUUGAUGCAAAGGGCCGUCUUCAGAGAUCCGUCGUCCGCGGCGGCCCCGUCGGCCAAAAAGGCCAAGACCACGCCGCCUUCAUCGAAAUCAUGGUCCACCAUGACAUCCACGGCGUCCCUUCAAGCCGAGUCGGCGGCGCUCAAGAAACAACUAGACGUGCUGACCAAGGAACUCCAAGCAGCCACCGCGGACAAGGCCAAACUCGGAGAAAAAAACGCUAUGUUGCGGAAGCGGGUGCAACACUUGGUCAUUUCCGCCGACGAAGGCAAGGUCCAGUUCAAAGCCGAGUGCGACCGCCGCAUUGCCGCGCUCGUGCAAGACAACACGCAGCUGCAGACAGCGCUGGCCACUGCCAAGGCGCAAGCUAGAUUGGACAGCCGCGCCGUGUUCGACACGGAUGUGACCAUGGACAUGAAGACGCAGCUGGAAGCGUUGACGCGCCAGGUCGGGCAGUUUGAAGAACUAGACAAGAAGCGCAAAGAGACGAGGAAAGCGCAUGCGCAAGUGGAAUUCAAGCUCGCAGACAAGUACAAGGCAAACCUGCACCAACUGCUCGUGGAGACGAUUACGACGGAGCUGAAAACGAUGUCGCAGAUGAGAGCGCAGUCCAGUCUGCGCACGAAUGCAUUUGGCAUAGCCGGAACUGCCACCGUUAUCCCUUCCCAUGUCAAGAUUCAGCUCGAGUUGGUGCGGCGGGUAGCGGUCCAUCGGCUGUUCAACGUACACAUGGCCGCGGAUUCCCUAGGGUUUCCACUGCUAAGUGCGGUGCACGUGACGUUGACCGACAGUUCCAUGUCCGAGGUGUUUGGCAAACAGUUGAUGUACGAAGAGCGGCCGGGGUUGCACUUAGUGGCCGUGGCUCCGAUGGAGCUACAGUACGACCCGACGACCGAAGACCUGCUCGUGGUGUGCAAAUGGACAGAGCAAAACGUGAUUCGCGAACUUGCGCGGAAUAUUCGAAUGUAA